ACCUGAGGCCUAACCAAAGGCUCUCGGAGAACGUCCCUACGGUGUUUAGACAGCGUCAGACUGUAGCUAAAGGCCAAACCCCUCCGGGCUACUCACGUACCUGGAGAAACGGAUUCCCCUCGCGGAGGGGAACGCAGAGGCCAAAUCAGUUCUUGCUUUCACUUCUCAGCCACACAGCGUGUUCCUACGGCCACCGGCCAAAAUGGCGGUGCCCAGCCGCCGCCUCACGCAUGCCACAGGGACGUAGUGCGCGUGCGCGACAGGAGGCCUCGAGGGAGGUAGGGCGAGACGGCGGGGAUAGACGUCACUGUGCUGCGACGCCAACUGACGUUGUUGGGGAGGCGAGGCGGGCCUGGGAAGCUGAGUGGGAGUGGCGCGGAACUGCAGCGGAUCCUGAAAACCUGAGUGGCGGCAAGCCGGGUCUGCAGGCUAAUAUUUUUAAAAUGACCACACCAAACAAGACACCUCCUGGUGCUGACCCUAAGCAAUUGGAAAGGACUGGAACAGUACGGGAAAUUGGGUCGCAAGCUGUUUGGUCACUCUCAUCUUGCAAACCAGGAUUUGGAGUGGAUCAAUUACGAGAUGACAAUCUAGAAACUUAUUGGCAAUCAGAUGGCUCCCAGCCUCAUUUAGUGAACAUCCAAUUCAGAAGAAAAACAACAGUGAAGACCUUAUGUAUUUAUGCGGACUACAAAUCGGAUGAAAGCUAUACUCCAAGCAAGAUCUCAGUCAGAGUAGGAAAUAAUUUUCACAAUCUUCAAGAAAUUCGGCAACUUGAAUUGGUGGAACCAAGUGGCUGGAUUCACGUUCCCUUAACUGAUAAUCAUAAGAAGCCAACUCGCACAUUCAUGAUACAGAUUGCUGUUCUAGCCAAUCAUCAAAAUGGAAGAGACACCCAUAUGAGACAGAUUAAAAUAUACACACCAGUGGAAGAGAGCUCCAUUGGUAAAUUUCCUCGAUGUACAACUAUUGAUUUCAUGAUGUAUCGCUCAAUAAGGUAACCUUGAAACAGAACAGAAGUCAUUAAACAUGUCUUUAUCUUGUCAGUAAAUAUUAAAACUGGUAUCUUUAUUGAAAAAUGCUUCAAUUAUUUUGCAA